UUUUCAUAUUCGUAUUUGAAGCCAUAUUGUUUAGCGCAGUGGACAAGGAAUUGGCAUUAUUGGCAUUCCUUCCUAAAAAUUGACCGAUUUUUCUACAAAUUUCAGUUGUAUUUUAGAUUUUGGUCCUCUACAAUGUCUGGCCAGAGCUCCAAUGUGGAAAAUCUAUCACCUCAAACCAUAAGACAGGUUGCCAAAGAAAUAUCUGAAUUGUCAUCAAACCCACCCGAAGGCAUUAAAGUUUAUCCUAAUGAAGAAGACAUUACAGAUAUACAGGCCACGAUAGAAGGGCCAGGAGGAACUCCCUAUGCUGGUGGUUUAUUUCGAGUUAAGUUAGUUUUAGGUAAAGGUUUUCCAUCAGUUCCACCUAAAGGAUUUUUUCUCACACGAAUUUUUCAUCCAAAUGUUGCUAGUAAUGGUGAAAUUUGUGUGAAUACAUUGAAAAAAGAUUGGAAGCCUGAAUUAGGAAUUAAACAUGUUCUUUUGACUAUCAAAUGUCUCCUAAUCUAUCCUAACCCGGAGUCUGCGCUCAAUGAAGAAGCAGGAAAACUUUUACUUGAACAAUAUGAGGACUAUUCUUUACGAGCAAAAAUGAUGACAGAAAUUCAUGCUGUCCCACCUAGAACAUCCAAAGAAUGUAAAAACACUAUGGACGAUGUUCCCUCCACUUCCGCCGCCAGCGAAUAUUCAUGUAAUGGACCAAUGGCAAAGAAACAUGCCGGUGACAAAAAAGCCUUAGAAAAAAAGAAAAAGGAUAAAAAGAGAACAUUGAAGCGAUUAUAACAUCAGGCUGAGUGCUUUUCACAAUAAGGACAUUUUUAAUUUUUUUUGUACAAAUUUUGAAAAAAAGUUAAAUGCUGUAACUACUUGUAUGUAUGUUGAACGGUGUGCCAAGAGGAUAUUGUAUAAUUGUUAUUGCCCAACUUCCGUUGUUUUUUUAAAAAGAAUAUGUGCAUAUAAAAUAAUUUGUGUAUAAGUUGAGUGAAUAUAAUCCGUGUAGAAAAAAUGAAAAGUAAUUCU